AGGUGCUGCCUCAAGGUCAAGCAGGUCAAGACGCGUUGGCCUGCGUUGGCUCUUCUCGCGAGAAUCCCGUGAAAGCCCUAGGAAGCGGCGUGCCAGCCUGGACCUCUCCGUCUGUUGCUCAACUUCGCCCGAUGAACCCCCUACAUAUACCCGUUAGGUGCAUCAUGCUGAAAGGAGGUGCCCCGAGGACGCUCCACCGCUAUGCGCCGGUCAUCCUUCGGCAAAUCGGCAGCCCUCGAUGCCCGGCAACUUUGCGGCAGUCAGCACGAGCCCUGAACUCCAACGCAACGCGGUUUCGGAGGAAUUUACUCUCGAAAUUCCUGGUUCCCACCGCCAAGUCGUCCCGGGGAACAGAUAGCGGAGGCCAGGUCGCUGCCAGUCAUGGGUUGCUAUUACGCGCCGGGCUUAUUCGCCAGUCUGCUGCAGGCAUAUACAGCUUUCUACCGCUGGGAUUGAGAAUUUUGGAGAAGCUUGAGAAGCUGAUCGAUCGGGAGAUGCGGAGUGUCGAUGGACAGAAGGUUGCCCUGCCAUGCAUAUUACCAUCAGACGGAUGGAAAAAGACUGGGCGCUGGGAGUCCACAGGGAGCGAGAUGUUUAAGCUGAAUGAUCGGAAAGGCAGCGAGUUCUGCUUAGCCCCUACGCACGAAGAAGAAAUCACACAGCUGGUGGCGUCUGAGAUCACGUCGUGGAAACAGUUACCGUUGAGGCUAUACCAGAUUGGUCGAAAGUAUCGGGACGAAGCCCGUCCGCGGUCAGGCCUCCUCCGAGCACGGGAGUUCAUCAUGAAAGACAUGUACACUUUCGAUGCGUCGGAGGACGCUGCACGCCGUACAUAUGAAGAAGUCCGAGGCGCGUACGACAGGAUCCUCAACGAGAUUGGGAUACCAUUUGCGGCCGCGGAGGCAGAUACAGGGAACAUUGGAGGGUCGACGAGCCAUGAGUAUCAUUUCCUCUCACCAGCUGGGGAGGAUACCGUUCUGCGAUGCAGCAACUGCGGCUACACUGCGAAUGAUGAGCGAGCGAGCGGUGUUAUCAACACGAAUCGUUUGCCAGCGGAACACCUACGCCUCCGGUACGAGGAGGUUAAUUCCGGCAAACAUGGCUUUGCGCGGGUUGAAGUUCCCAAAGGCAGGAGCGUCAACUUCAUCAAAUUGAAGAAGGCCGCCCCGGAAGGAAUCACACUGGGGAACGACACCACCGCGCAUGAUGGAGAUGCGACAGACAGUCUGGUCUUCGUGGAUAAGAAUGUCCCAGUAUCCGAGGUUCAUAGCGGCAAGAGUAAUGUGAUCCAGGGAGACUUCAUAACAAUUCAAGAAGGAGACGGGUGUCCUCACUGCCACGCCUCCACCACAAAACCUUCGACUACCAUACAGCACGCUCUCGCCUCCUCUCGCGCCAUCGAGAUCGGCCACACGUUUUUACUCGGCACGAAGUACUCCAGGGCGCUCAACGCCAUGAUCAAAGACAACAAGAACGAGCUCCAGCCCAUCCAAAUGGGCUGCUAUGGCAUCGGCGUUACACGUAUGAUCGCAGCUAUAGUUGAAGCUAGUCGCGACGAGAAUGGAAUCAAGUGGCCGGGGAGCAUCGCCCCGUUUAGAGUGUGCGUGAUUCCGUUCUUGAACAAGAAGUCUUCGACUGAGGAGAUGGACGCAAUCGAAGACGGUGUGAAAGCACUUUAUGAGGGCUUGCGGGGCAAGCUAGACGAGGAAGAUAUUGUUGUGGAUGAUCGCGCAGACAUGAGUUUCGGGUUCAAAAUGAAGGAUGGGCUACUGGUGGGGUACCCCCAUAUGAUCAUUCUCGGCAAAAAGUAUUUACAGGAGGGUUUGGUUGAGGUGCACUCUCGGACUACCGGCACCGUUGAGUAUUGCAAGGUUGCUGAUAUUGGGGCAUUCGUGGAUCGAUAGAUUGUGCAAUGACUUGCAUAGGUCUUUGGCGGCGUAAGAUAACGUAUUUAUGCAGAUAGACUAGAUUGAGGCCAUGCGCCAUGAUGUGCGCACACAUGUCUAUUGGUUGUCUGUAUGAGGUUU